UCCGGUUCCGGUUCCGCCCGCUGAGACCCCGGAUGCUGCUGCGGCGGCUCGGCGGCGGGGUUCACUCUGCGGCUGCCCGGAGGCAUGAGCGACACCGGCACCGGCUCCGACAGCGAUAGCGACAGCUCCGGGCCCGAGCGGGGGGAGAGAGCCCAAACAGGAGAUGGAAAUAGACUUUCUCCAAGUAAGAGAGUGACAGAUGGUGUGGACAGUAGUCCUGUGAGGAGAGAUCACAUUCCUAAAGAUGAAGUUGAUUUUGGCAGAGCAGACACAAAAACUAGUGACUCUGAAGGUGAUGUGGGGGCAGGUGGUGAUUCACCGAUCUGUAGCAGGACACGAUCUCGGUUUUCAUCAGAUCAGGUUCUUCUGCACACACAGCCUAGACUAAGCCGAAGACCUCUUCGUUCAAUCAAAGGUCGAAAGGAUGGUGAUGCUUCAUUACAAACUAAAGCUGAUCACAGGCCUGUAACUUCAGUAUUGCCUCACAGUGAACCUUCGCCCAGGAAAGGAGAAAGGGACAGAAGACCUGCUGGAAAAGGCACCACACAUGCCUCAAACAAGAACGUGGCCUUGAUUAUGGCGCUUAUAGUCAUAGUUUGUUUAAUAAUGUUCCUCUUUGUGAGGAAUGAAUCGCCAGCUGUGACAGUGGGGGAAGGAACGGCACUGAUGGCAUUUUCAAACCAAUUUGAUCAGGUUGAAGCACUGUUUAAUGGUCAGCAGUCAGUGUUGUGGAGGAGAAGCAAGAUCACCCUGCGCAACCAUAUCAAUCUGACCCGGCACAUGAAACCUGCCAUCCUGAUGUUUGCAGCUGCAUGGAACGGAGAGCAGACCAUGAGGUGCCUCGCUAACCGGAUUGCUGGAGCUUUUACCUCGGCCCUCAAUGCCACCUCCACAGUGGAAAUUGAUGCUUCCGGCAGAAGCAGGCAGAACAGUGAUGCUGUGAAGCUAGAGGUGGACACAUUGCUCUCGUCUGGAUUUGAGAAAGGCAGCAAGGCAGCAGUGGUUCACCAUUUCCAGGACCUGCCCCCGCCCUCCACCCUGAUAUUCUACAAGUAUUGUGACCACGAGAACGCAGCCUACAAAGAUGUCGCCUUGUUGAUCACCAUCCUGCUGGAUGAGGAGAUGCUGCCUGCGGGUGUUAGCCUGGGAGCCGUGGAAGUGAAAGUCCGCGAUUUUCUGAAGUGGAAGUUCGCUGCCUCUCAAGGAAGAGAGGGAAUGGACACGGACAAGCUGAGUGGACUGUGGAGUCGCAUUGCGCACGUUGUGCUCCCGGUGGUGCCUGUGCGUGAGAUUGAAGAGAGGGGCUGCAAAGAAGAUGGGCAGUGAUCUGGGGAAAGGGUGAAGUUUAGCCACCUGCACUAAUUUCCCCUCUUCUCUGCAUCUCCCACACCAUUAUACUUAGCUGUCCCAAGUGUGUUUUUCUAGCCUUCUUGAAUAAUAAUGGGUGAAAGAUACCCUGAUUUAAGAUAUGAUCUUUCACCCACUCAGAAGAACAAACCUCUUUUAUUUGUCAAUUGACCUGCUUUGUGGAAAUUUGAAAAUCGAACAUACCAGCAAAAUAUUUUUUAAUAUGUUGUCAAAUGAAAUUUUAGUAAAAUAUUGGUGCCUGGAUAUCUUGAGACACUCUGUGCUCAUCAUCUGUCUUCUCCUUUAGUUUCUUAAUGUGCUGUUUAGCAUGAAGUGCCAUUAGCUGAACUCAGGUGAUUUCUUAGUAGCAUCUUUGUGAGGGAACCUUGACAUCAUGAUGAGCAGCAUCCUUCUCUUUUGUUUGUUUCAUUGAGGCACAGAUUCCAAAUGCUGUGAUCAAUAGCCCACUUUACAACAUUAAAUCAUUAUCCAUACUCCCACCCUCAAACGUGCUUCUGAUCUUGGCUGUGUUGGCAAGUUAAAGAUAACAGCUGGAUCCAAGCAUUUAGCAUGAGUUUAGCACUGAUUGCCAGUGCGAUAACAGACUUGGAACCCCGUGGAGGAUUUAGAGUGGGCCAACCACUGUUUGGCUUGGGCAUUAUGGCUGCCCUAGAAAAAGGAUGCCAAGUUAUUUGGGGAAAGUUCUCCCCUGCCACUGGCAGCAGAAACAGCCAACGUACACUGGCGGCUCAAAUUUGGAGUAUGUCCCUGGGUCAGAUUGACUUGGAUGCCAAUUGUAUUUGGGGCUGUUCAGCAACUACUGCUAUUAAACUGUUGUCAGUUCAGUUAUACAGGCAUCUGAAGGGAAAUAUGUAAUACUAUCCAAGCAUAAAGCUGAUGCCAUCGAUUGACCACCUUUACUGAGAAAACCCAGUUUUCUGUUUCCUUGAAAUUGAAGGAUGUGCAAAUCAAGCAACCCCUGAAAGAUGUGUUUGAUUACUCGUGAUGAUUCUUACUCCAAAGCAGAGAGCUGUCGUCUUUGAACCAAAUCUUGAUCUCGUUUUGUUUUUUUUGUCAUGUGACCUUUGGUCACUUGGAUGCAUGUUUGUUUGGGUUGGGUGGUACAGACUAGGAAUGAUUUUUAUUUUUGAACCACACUAAUUAGUGAUAUAAUCCAGAGACAAUCGAUGCAUGGCUAGUUACUAUUCUACCCACUUCCAAGGGAAAGCUGGUAGCUUCACAGUCAGAUUUGUUGUUGUAUUGUGAUUGCGUCCCUUUGUUUGGUCUUGUUUUAUGUCAUACUGGAACCAGCAUCGAAUUUUGUUGCUUUUUUUUCUGUUCCAGCUAAACAUCCUGAUUAAUCAACUGCUGAAAAAAAGUGACA